GAAGUUGACAUUGUGGCGGCACCCAUUACCCGACAAGCGCAAAGAAGCCCUGCUAUGGAUUUCAGCUAUUCCUAUUUUUAUGAAUAUACAACUGUUCUAAUUAAGAAACCCGACGUUAACGCAGGAAAAUGGAAAACAUUGAUAGAUCCAUUACGUUGGGAAGUGUUGGGGACAGUAGGGUUAUUAUUGAUUACUGUCACAUUUCUAGUGUAUAUACUAGAGAAAAAUAACCCAUUUUAUAGCAAUCCCCAAAACGCGCAAAUGAGAAUAGCUCAAGGCGGUCUUCACGAAAUACAUAGUUCAUUCUGGUAUGUGUUCGGAGCAUUACUUUGUCAAGGUGGUGUUCAUCUCCCAUUGUCAACAUCUGGUAGAACAUUGAUAAGUUGUUGGUGGUUAACUUGUAUUAUCAUUGUGGGAACAUACUGCGGCAACCUUAUUGCAUUCCUUACGAUAACAAAAGAACAGCCUCCUUUUAACACAAUAGCGGAGAUGCUUGAACUCAAAGGCACUUACAAAUGGGGAACCGUUGGCGGCACUAACUGGGAAAUGGUAUUUCCGACCUCGAGCAAUCCUACAUUCAAAGAAGUUGGCGAAGCAUUUCUUGAAUUCAACAAAGCAGACCCUACUAUUCUACAUCAAGUUCCAGAGUUCCAUAUAAACCGUGUACUUAACGACAAUAACUAUGCCUGGAUAGGUGACAAAACCUACAUGGAAAUUUACAUGGCUAGAGAAUGCAGCCUUCUUUCAAUAAAGGAAGAGUUUAUGCCGAUGAUCUAUGUUUUUGGCUUUACGAAGAAUUCGCCACAUACCGCCAUUUUCUCAGAGCAAAUGCUGAAAAUACACGAAGGUGGAUUGUUCCAAAUUUGGAAAAGGAAAUGGUGGCCCAAAUCAAAUUUUUGCGAGGGAAAUCAAAUUCCAGAAGCAAAGCCGAUUUCUUUAAUGGAUGUGCAAAGUGCCUUUUAUGUAUGCGUAAUCGGAAUUUUCGUAGGUUUUGUCGCCUUUACUAUCGAACUUGUUGUGCAUAAAUAUAGACCACAUACUACAUCAACCAAUGCAGCAUCAAAUGAAGAUUUACCCAACUCGAGUGAUGAUGGCAAAACUAAUCACAAAUAAGAGGAAGCUGUAGGUGAUAAAUGAUUCGUCGAUCUGGUUUUAUUUUCAGUAUUAGAAAUCUUGCUCAAUCAAUACAAAAACCCAAUUUCGGAAAAAGUUUAUGUGUAACUUAAAUGCUCAUUCUUAA